GAACGUGCAUCGGCUGUGCGACUAUACUCUCACCGUUUCAAAGAAAGCUACCCGAGCCGAAGCGCAUUCGCUUGACGGACGGACGGCUUCUCGCGUGGCAGGAGUUUGGAGUCCCGCAGGGAAGUGCGCGUCACACGCUCCUGGUCGUCCACGCCCCCCCUCUCUGCCGCACGGCGGGUUUUCCAGGUCUCAGCGAGGCGUUCUUUCAUCAACGGUCCAUCCGCGUGAUCUCCUUCGACCUCCCUGGCACAGGGUUUAGCGACCCUCUCCCUCUCCAAGCCACCACCACAACGGCAUCAUUCGCCUCUGCUGUUGCUGACGAUAUCAAGCAGCUAGCGCAACAGCUGCACGUGGUACCGGGGCUGUGGGUAGUGGGCUUUGGCCUAGGCUCCCCUCUUGCUCAUGCCGCUGCUGAAAGGCUGGGUCAAGGGCUCGUAGCAGGACUGUUGCUGCUGGGGCCACCAGGAGUUCUGAACACUGGCGAGUGUGGUGACGCUACCGAAGAAAUAAGAGGCCGCGAAAGGGCCAUGCAUGCGGAAGUGGAGGAGAGGCGACCAGGGGGUCAACCUGAGGUGGUAAUGUCGUGGCAGCAGGCUGGUGGAGUGUGGCAGCUAGUACAGCAGUCGUUUAGGGGACGGGUAGCGAGCGCUGUGUUGCGGAUAGUGGUUCCGCGUGUGCUGGUGCAGUCAGUUGUUGCGUUGCUCCGGAUCUCGCCUGCGGUUCUCAAGUGGAUCGUGACUGCCACUUCACUUCGUCCCAUUUCUCCCCGUGUCGUCUCGCUCAUCUGUGAUGGCUUGCUGGAUGCACUUCAGCAGGGCGACCUUCCCUAUCUACUGAACCUAUUAGUCCUAACACUGCAGCCCCACAACACGCAGCCAUCUCAGACUGCCAAUAACCCAUUUUUCUCAGGGCCUGUUUACACCUACAAG